GCACGUUUGAUUGUAUACUUUUGAUUCUGUUAAUAAGUGUUCUCUAAGGUCUUCCGUCUUUCUAUUUUUGAACGGUGGGAGUCUAACGUUCGGUGUUGUCAUUAGUACAGCGGAUUGGCGUUACUCAAGUACAGAACAUAAAAAGGAUGUUUAUAUUUAAGAGUUGGAGAGUUUACGUAUCAUAAGUAAUAGGUGAUUAAUUAGUGCAGGAUCAUGAAAAGUAACAUGGAAAUUUUGUUGAUGAUAUCAGUGCUUGUGGUGAAUACAGAUUACGCUUUUUCAAUCAAAUGUUAUGAAUGUUUUGAAUGUCCAUUACCAUUCAAUCAAUCUUCUCCGGAUGUCAAGGUCAAAGAUGACUGUAAAUGGUGUGCAUCAUUGUCACUCGGUAAUCAACCGUUGAUAAUUAAAAGAUGUGCUGAUCAGUGUGAAUCAGAAGAUGAAGAAUUACAACAAAUUCUCAUCCACACUUACAGUUGUUGUGAUAAGGACUAUUGUAAUAUUAGUACGAAAAGCAGUAUAAUUUAUACAACUCUACUUUUACCUCUACUAAUAAUUUAUUUUUAUUUCUAACACUGUAAAAUAAAAAUAAAAAAGUUUGAUAGAAU